AUGGGAAGAAGGUUUACAUGGUCUAACGGGCAGGUUAACCGCACUUGGGUUAAGCUUGAUCGGUUCAUUGUCAAUAGAUAUUGGGUUGAGCAUUUCACAUGUUUAUUUCAAAAUUGCCUCCCACGUUUAGGCUCCGAUCAUGUGCCUAUUAGACUUGAGGUGGGAAUGUACUGCUUCAAUCCUCGGCUCUUCCGGUUCCAGCUCGCUUGGACUUCGGUGGAGGGUUUUGCCAGCUUGAUCUCCAGUUGGUGGGUUAGCUGUGCUCCGCAGGGGUGCGGGGCUUUUGUUCAGGCUAAAAAAUUGCAGUGGCUGAGGGACAAAUUACGUUUAUGGUCCAAGGAGUGUUUUGGUUCCAUUAAACUGCGCAAGCUGGCAUUACUUCAUGAGCUGGAGCUCCUGGACAUCGCUAAAGAGUCAAGGUUACUUAACCCGGAGGAGUCCCAAAUAGAGUUGGGUCUGAGGGAAAAUCUUGGAGAGAUUCGCAAACAAGAAGAGUUGUAUUGGAAGCAAAGAUCUAGAUCUCGUUGGCUCCAGGAGGGGGAUGAAAACACUAAGUACUUUCAUGCUAUUACUAACGGUAGGAAAAACUCAAAUUAUAUUCCUUCCAUCAAAAUCGGCGAGGACUUCAUCACGGAUAUCAGGGGGAUUGGGAAAGUCUUCGAAAAUCAUUUUCGGGCUCUGUUUGGGCAAAAAAGCCCUUUUCGCUUUAAGGUUGACUUGCAGAAGCUCCUGAGGGGUAAAAAUAGGGUUGAUCUUUCUCCCUUUGAGCGGUCGUUCACUAUUGAGGAGGUUAAAAAAGCGGUUUUCGAACUUGGAAGCGACAAAGCUCCAGAUCCUGAUGGUUUUCCUAUGUUGUUUUUUAAAACCCAUUGGGAGAUCGUCAAAGUUGAGGUUUGGAAAAUGUGA